AUGUUCUUGACGACGUCUAAGGCGGCGGGGGCGGCGCCGCGUCUUGCUAGUUGGACCGGCGUCUUCGCCUGGCGCGCGCGUUCGCCCCACCCCGCAAGAAAGCGUCGCGACGCGCAAGUUUUCCACCAAGAAAUCCGGCGCGGAAGGACCGGAAAACAACGCGACACAUCGCAUGUGCUCCUUGUGACGAUACACCUGAAACUGGAAUUAAUGUUGAAAUACUUCAAUGAGAACAUAUCCCUAGCGCUCCAGGAGAGGUACAGGGACCUCCAUGAUUUUCGGAAGACGGAAGCGGUAGAGGAAGGAUCACCGAGGGAGGCGAAAGUACCGAAAAUAGCGGAGGAGGGGGAAGCGGUCGGCGGCGAAGGCGCCUACGAGCCGAGCGCCGCGCCGCCGUUCCCGAGGCUCCUGGAGGCGCCCAAGGAGGAAGACAACUUUGUAGCCAGUUGGCUGCAAAAUUCCUUUAAAAUGACGGCUGCUGAAGGCAACGAAGCUUCAGCUGGAGGCAGUGCUCUAGACCUUCGUGCUGCUCCGCUGUCACUCCACAUACCAGCACUGCAAGCAGAGGCACAACGUCAGUUCAAGAUGCAGGACUUUUGGAACAGAAGUCGCCCUGUUACCCCUGCCCAGGAGCAAGCUGAAGGACAUAAUGUGCCUGGUCCGGCUCCUCCAACACCACAACCAUCAGCUACUCCUGAUCAUAAGAUCAUGGCUGAGAAGUUGGUUAGCGAAAUUCAGCAACAGCAACAAUCACCAUCCGCAGACUCCACAAUGAGCGAAAGAUCCCUCGUACCAUUUGCACUGGUAAAUUUACUGUCAUCACUCAAUAAUAUCGAUCCUCAACAGCAAUCGCCUACUGGAGACGCUCCAAUGGGAGACCGAAACUCGAUGUUACCCUUCGCAUUGGUAAAUUUCCUGAAUAGCCUCAAUAUCGAUCAACAAGCGCGCUCGGGGCAAAGCAUCAGCGAGCGGACGCUGGAGGAGUGCUGGUCGACACUGCAGCGUAUAUUCAUGCACAAGAACGCAAUGCAAAUGCAUGCCCGCGAGCUCCAAAGGGGUCUGGGCGGUGAAGUGAAACCGCAUCAGUGCCAGCAGUGCCUCAAAUCGUUCAGCUCCAAUCAUCAACUGGUGCAGCAUAUACGAGUGCAUACAGGCGAAAAGCCCUACAAGUGCUCUUACUGCGACAGAAGGUUCAAGCAACUGAGUCAUGUGCAGCAACACACGAGACUGCAUACAGGUGAACGCCCCUACAAAUGUCAUUUACCGGACUGUGGACGGGCUUUUAUCCAGCUAUCUAACCUGCAGCAACACCUUCGGAACCAUGACGCGCAGGUUGAGCGGGCCAAAAAUCGCCCCUUCCAUUGCAACAUCUGUGGCAAGGGCUUUGCGACCGAAAGCAGCCUACGUACACACACUGCAAAGGAGCUGAGCGAAAUCCGAAAAUCGAGGACAGUGCUAGCCGGAACAUCGGCGGCAAUAUCUAAUGAGCUUCAGCUGCACCUUGGUGUUUUGCAGCAACACGCGGCCCUCAUGAUCGGCGGCGCGGCCGCAACGCCCUGCCCGAUAUGCCACAAAGUCGUAUUCGGGGGCGAAGCCCUAGUCGAACAUAUGAAGAACACGCAUAAGGAUCCCAACGCGUCCGGCGUUGCCAGUCCACCCGCCACUUCACCGUACCCAGCGCAAGCUAAACCAAUUGAUCCUUAUAUAGCGAAGCGGCGUACUGCAAACCACCCGUGUCCUGUCUGCGGGAAGCACUACGUCAAUGAGGGUUCCCUGAGGAAGCAUCUCGCUUGUCAUCCAGAGACGCAGCUGACUAGCAGCCUGCGGAUGUGGCCGUGUUCUGUUUGCCAGGCCGUGUUCACACAUGAAAAUGGACUACUUUCGCACAUGGAGCACAUGAGAAUGGAACCGAAACACCAGUUCGCCGCCCAGUACGUUCUCUCACGGGCAGCGGCUGAGCGCAGAGAAAGAGAUAUCUUAGCCGCCGUUUCCGCUUCCGCCGGCGGAUCUGGUUUACUAAACCUGGCCCCACCGUCUCCAACCCAUUCAGAUUCCUCAUCUAACGGGCGGCUUUCCUCAUCAGCCGGGUCAGAAGCGGGCGCAACAGUCAACAAGCUCACCGAUUUACUCAGAUCCAAUAACGGACACCAAGCGUACGGAGAUGAGAGAGUGGCGGCCAUAGCGGCGGCUGCAGCGAACAUGAUGGCUCAGCCAGGAGAAGGAGCAAAUGCAGUCCAAGUGGCAGCCGCAAACUUAGUUUCCGCAAUGAGACAGCAACUCGCACGAGAACCACCGCAGCAACCAGAAACGCCCACACCAAACGAGGCGGCGCUUAGAAUGCAACAAGCCGAAGCAUUACUAAGAAGUCAGGCUGAAGCGCUCAGAUUGGCGGUCUCUCAAGCGGCAGCAGCACACGGCAAUGACGCCACUAGUCCACUUAGACAUAACGGCGGUUUUCCAGCACAGCCUAAUGACGUAAGCGGCCAACUCUCACCCGAGCUCGUAGAGGCGUUCAGAAUCGCACAGGAACAGAGACUAGAGCAAGCGUUGCGAUUGCACGAUCCGAGAAUGCUUGGCUUUAAUAUACCUUCACCGCAACAAGUUGCCCAGCAGGCGGCCCAGCAAGCUGUCGCUGCUCAACAAGCCGCUCAAGCACAGGCUCAAGCUCAAGCUCAAGCUCAGGCCCAAGCUCAGGCUCAAGCUCAGCUCAGGCUCAGGCUCAGGCUCAGGCUCAGGCCCAGGCUCAGGCUCAGGCUAGGCUCAGGCUCAACAGCAACAUAUGCAAGCAGCCCAUGUCGCUCAAGCCGCUCAACAAGCUGCACAACAAGCAGUCCACCUACAACAAAACCCCCAACCAUGAAAAUUCACCUAUUACUAAUCCGAUGCAAUUUCGUUUGA